UUACCCGAUUAGGCAUCCAGGUUCAAGGCCGCCAACCUGUCAAGGCAGCUUGAGCAGCUGCAUACUCACUGUAACUUAGCUGUCAAAGUUAACCGCGAUAACAGUCAAGUCUUAUAAGUAAGCAUUAACGCCUCAUAUUAACAGUGAGCACUCUAGUCCCCAUGUCAGCUGUUGCGCAAAAAAUUCUUGUUGUCGGUGGCAAUGGUUUCGUUGGCUCCGCGGUUUGCAAGUUGGCUCUUGCCCGGGGGAUGGAGGUCACCAGCAUAAGCUCUUCCGGAAAACCUUACAAAACCCCAAAAGGUCACACCCCAGCAUGGGUAGAAAGAGUGGAAUGGCGGAAAGCAGAUGCCCUGAAUCCAGAGUCAUAUGCGGACAUCCUCCCGAGUGUUGACGCUGUUGUUCACACUAUUGGUACGCUUCUGGACAAUACGCAGUACAAGCAGAGGAUGCAAGAAGGAGACGUAAUGGGCAUGCUCAAAUCUCUUGCUGGCCGUGGCAAAAGUUCUUCAGCAGAAGGUCAACGGAGCGCCUAUGACACCCUCAAUUAUGAAACAGCCGUCCGUAUGUGUGAAGCAUUUGUAGCGAGCGAGCCCGUAUCCGGAAUUUCACAUGUUCGGCCCUUCAUCUAUGUCUCCGCGGAGGACGUCAACCGACCCAUCGUCUCCGUGCGGUAUCUCGAAACGAAACGGGAGGCUGAGAAGCGGAUUGAAGAAAUCAUCCAAAGUCAUCCACAAUACAGGGGGGUGUAUGUCCGCCCCAGUUUAAUAUACCACCCGCAUGUCCGACCAAUGACUACCAUUCCAGCCACGAUAUUCGAUGUCUCAGCACGGAUCCAUGCCGCAGUACCAACGUAUAUUCCGAUGCCUUCUUCGGUUCUGAGGUGGUUAGGGACUUCUGUUUGCCCCGAUGCCACGGACAAAACACCUUCCGCCCUGACUUCCAUGGCGAAUUUGCUCUCUAUACCCCCAAUCCACGUUGAUCACUUGGCUGAGGCUAUUUGUCUUUCGUUGGAUCCAGCCAGGGAUAUACGUGGUGUCGUUGGCGUGCGCGAUAUACGCCACCUAAUUGGUUUGUCCCAAAUGGGAGCAGGGACGUCGACCCCAAGCACUUAG